CAGUAGUGUUCUGUGCGAAAAACAAAAAGCACUAGUACUAGUAUUAUUUCCUGGUCACAAAAAGGAAAAGAAAAGACGGUGCUCUUCCGUCUUCUCCAUCGGCGAGGAGGAGGAGGAUGCAGUGAGUCCGUCGAAGCUUCAGGUUCUAAGAUUAGCCAUUUGCUUUUCUAUUCUAGGCAUCUGCGGGCAGCCAAAAAAGGAGCCACCUUUUUAGCUUCUCCCUAUUCCUAUGGCUCCCUGCAAUCCAACCACACGCCCGCUUCCCCUUAGUUCUUGGGGUUCGCUUCGGACCUGGGAGCAAUGCAUGCGGAGUGAAUAGCUUGGGCGCUGGAGCAAGGAAGACAGGAAGAAAGAAGAUCAAAUAAUCUUUUGAAAGAGAUAUUCCUCAGAAAGGUCUCCAAUAACCGCCGAAUUGGUGCAAGAAGUAAUUUGGCACAGGAGAUCUGAAAUUGGAAGACAAUGUCUAACUUCGUCGGUGUUCUUGUCUCCGAUCCAUGGCUCCAGAGCCAGUUCACCCAAGUGCAGCUCCGAACGCUCAAAACAAAAUUUGUGUCUGCAAAGAAGUCGGAUGCCGAUAUUGUAGCUAUAAAGGAUUUGCCGCCGGUGAUGGAGAAGCUUAGGGGCAUCCAUGAGGUUCUAUCUGAGGAAGAGAUAAGCAAUUUUUUGAGCGAGUCUUACCCCGAUACGAGCCAAACAAUUGAAUUUGAGACGUUCCUCAGGGAGUACUUAAGUCUCCAAGCAAAGGGGGCCAGCAAAUCAGGAGGCAAAAAGAAACUGAAGGGAUCGGUGUCAUUUUUGAAGGCCUCCACCACUACUCUCUUGCACGUUAUUAAUGAGUCUGAAAAAACUUCUUACGUAAAUCAUAUAAAUAAUUUUCUGGGAGAGGAUAUUUUCCUGAAGAAUUUCUUGCCAUUGGAUCCAGAAUCAAACGAUAUAUUUAAUCUUGUUCGGGAUGGUGUACUACUUUGCAAGUUAAUCAAUGUUGCUGUUCCGGGCACAAUAGAUGAGAGAGCAAUCAAUACAAAGAAGGAUCCUAAUCCAUGGGAGAGGAAUGAGAACCACACCCUCUGUCUCAACUCUGCAAAGGCCAUUGGUUGUACCAUUGUUAACAUUGGGACACAGGAUCUGAUUGAAGCUAGACCUCAUCUAGUUCUUGGUUUAUUAUCCCAAAUCAUAAAGAUACAACUUUUAGCUGAUUUAAAUCUGAAGAAAACACCUCAGUUGUUGGAGUUGGUGGCUGAUAAUAGCAAGGAAGCUGAAGAGCUGGUCACCUUAGCACCCGAUAAGAUGUUGCUCAAAUGGAUGAACUUCCAUAUAAAGAAGGCAGGGUACAAGAAAACUGUAACAAAUUUCUCAACUGAUGUUAAGGAUGGUGAAGCGUAUGCAUACCUUCUCAGUGCCCUUGCUCCAGAGCAUAGCUCGACGACCAUGAUAGAAACUUCAGAUCCUAAAGAAAGGGCAAAGAAAGUACUUGAAACCGCAGAAAAGCUUGAUUGUACAAGAUAUGUGACAUCUAAAGAUAUUGUUGAGGGUUCUGCAAAUCUCAACUUGGCAUUUGUUGCACAAAUAUUUCAGCAGAGAAACGGUCUAUCAUCCACCAAUGUGGCUCCGGUUCAAGAUACUCCCGAUGAUGUUGAAGCAACCAGAGAAGAGAGAGCAUUUCGCUUGUGGAUCAACAGUCUUGGAAUUGCAACUUAUGUGAACAAUUUGUUUGAGGAUGUUAGGACUGGAUGGGUCAUGUUGGAGGUGCUUGACAAAAUUUCACCAGGGUCAGUUAUCUGGAAGCAAGCAUCAAAACCUCCAAUUAUCAUGCCGUUUAGAAAGGUGGAGAACUGCAACCAGGUUGUCAAAAUAGGGAAGGAUUUAAAAUUCUCUCUUGUAAAUGUAGCAGGAAAUGACAUUGUUCAAGGAAACAAGAAGCUAAUUCUAGCUUACAUGUGGCAACUCAUUCGGACAAGCAUCCUAUUUGUUUUUAUAAUUUUUCCAGCUUUCCUGUGGCAACUCAUGAGAACCAGCAUCCUACAAUUGCUAAAAAAUUUGAGAUCCCACUCUAAAGACAAAGAGAUUACAGAUGCUGACAUUGUCAUCUGGGCGAAUAAUAAGAUCAAGGAAUCAGGCAAAACUUCCCGUAUCGAAAGCUUCAAGGAUAAGAGCAUAUCAGAUGGGCUGUUCUUCCUCGAGCUUCUCAGUGCUGUGCAGCCUAGGGUUGUUGAUUGGGAUAUGGUCAAGAAGGGGGAGGAUGAUGAUGAGAAGAAGAUGAACGCUACAUACAUCAUAAGUGUCGCUAGGAAGCUUGGGUGCACCGUAUUCUUGUUGCCGGAGGACAUAAUGGAGGUAAAUCCGAAGAUGAUCCUCACUCUUACUGCAAGCAUCAUGUACUGGAGUCUGCAGAAGCAUGGACCUUACGAUGGCCCUGGGCCAGCAGGACCUGAAGCGUCACAAGAAGCUCUUCCAGAGGAAGAGGAGGAAGGGGAGGAAGGGGAGGAGGUAGAAGAAGAGGAGGAGGCGGAGGAAGAAAUCAUUGAAGAUGGUGUCUCCAAUCUGACCACUUGAGGACAAUGUCACAUUGUUUACCAAGGAUGGUUUCACUACAGGGAUAGCAUUACUACAGGAUAGCAAACAGCAGAUAUCUGCAAAGAAGAAAGUUUUGGUCUUUAACUGACCAUUCUUUGCACGCCGGUGAGCAACGAUUCAACUUGUCUGUUUUGCUUAGAUAAAAUUCUGCGCCGUUGCGCGGCCUAAAGCUUGUGUAAGUUGCUCCAGUUCCUGAACUGGAAGAGUGUAUAAAAUCCUAUCCUUUCUUAUGUGUCCUCCCAUUUGUUU